AGAGAAGAAGAAGAGAGAGAGAGAGAGAGAGAAGAAGAAGAGAGAGAGAGAGAGAGAGAGAGAAGAAGAGAGAGAGAGGAAGAAGAGAGAAAGAGAGAAGAAGAGAGAGAGAGAGAGAAGAAGAGAGAGAGAGAAGAAGAG